CGAAGAAACCGUAAGCACUUUUCUAUGCACAAAGUAAGCAGCCAAAAUAGUAAUUCGAACCCACUGCAUGCUUCUGCAACUAUCGCAGAAGCAAAUGCUCUUCUGAAAUGGAAAUCCACUUUCACGAACCAGAGUCACUCAUCAAAGUUGUCUUCAUGGGUCAAUGAUGCAAACACCAAUCCUAGCUUUUCCUGCACCAGUUGGUAUGGUGUUUCCUGCAACUCACGAGGGAGUAUCGAAGAGUUAGACCUCACUGACAAUGCUAUAGAAGGUACUUUCCAAGAUUUCCCCUUUUCUUCUCUCCCAAACCUUGCUUACAUUGAUCUUAGCAUGAACCAUUUCUCUGGAACCAUUCCCCCUCAAUUUGGAAACCUCUCUAAAGUCAUCUACUUUGACCUCUCCAUAAACCACUUAACCGGAGAAAUCCCACUUGAGCUUGGCAAUUUGCGAAACCUCAAAACACUCUCUCUUUCUAAUAACAAACUUACCGGUUCAAUUCCUUCUUCCUUAGGAAAUCUCAAGAACUUGACGGUUCUCUAUCUUUACCUUAAUUAUCUAACUGGUGACAUUCCCCCAGAACUAGGCAACAUAGAAUCUAUGACAGAAUUAGCGGUAAGUGACAACAAACUUACCGGUUCAAUUCCUUCUUCCUUUGGUAACUUUACCAAGCUGAAAAGUUUGUAUCUCAGUUAUAACCACCUCUCUGGUGCGAUCCCGCCGGGACUAGCAAAUUCUUCAGAGCUAACUGAAUUGCAACUCGCCAGAAACAACUUCACCGGUUUCUUACCUGAGAACAUUUGCAAAGGUGGCAAGCUUCAGAAUAUCUCAUUAGAUUAUAAUCACCUCGAAGGUCAUAUCCCGAAAAGCUUGAGAGAUUGCAAGAGCCUGAUCAGAGCAACAUUCAGAGGGAACAAAUUCACUGGAGAUAUUUCUGAGGCUUUUGGGAUUUACCCAGAUCUUGACUUCAUUGAUCUCAGCCACAACAAAUUACACGGUGAGAUGUCAGGCAACUGGCAGAAGAGUCCAAAGCUAGGUGCCUUGAUCAUGUCAAACAACAACAUCACGUCUAUUCCACUAGAGAUUUGGAACAUGACAGGACUAGUUGAGCUGGAUCUGUCUACCAACAACCUCACUGGUGAGCUUCCAGAAGCAAUUGGAAAUCUCACGAAUUUGUCGAGGCUACGACUUAAUGCGAAUCAGUUAUCUGGAAGAGUUCCUGCACGAAUAAGUUUCUUAACCAAUCUUGAGUCUCUUGACUUAUCCUCAAACAGAUUCAGCUCCCAGAUCCCACAAACCUUUGACUCCUUUGGUAAGCUUCAUGACAUGAACCUGAGCAGAAACAAUUUCGAUGGAUGCAUUCCCGGACUAACAAAGCUGACUCAGUUAACGCAUCUUGAUCUCAGCCACAAUCAUUUCGACGGAGAAAUCCCAUCACAGCUCAGCUCCCUGCAAAGCCUCGACAAGCUCGACCUCUCACACAACAAUCUCUCGGGUUUCAUUCCAACAACUUUCGAGAGCAUGAAAGCGCUGACGUACAUCGAUAUAUCAAACAAUAAACUCGAGGGUCCGCUUCCAGACAUUCCAGCGUUUCGAAACGCAACAGCAGAUGCAUUGGAGGGAAACAGAGGCUUAUGCAGUAAUAUUCCUAAACAAAGGUUGAAUUCAUGCCCUAUCACUUCUGGUGGGUUCCAAAAGCCGAAGAAGAACGGCAACCUUCUUGUGUGGAUACUACUGCCAAUCCUAGGAGCACUCGUCAUUCUCUCUAUAUGUGCAGGCGCAUUUACCUACUACCUUCGGAAACGAAAACCACACAAUGGAAGAAACACAGAUUCUGAAACUGGAGAGAAUAUGUCCAUAUUCAGCGUUGAUGGCAAAUUCAAAUACCAAGAUAUCAUCGAAUCAACAAACGAAUUCGAUCAAAGAUACCUCAUCGGAAGCGGAGGAUACAGCAAAGUCUACAAAGCAAACCUCCCAGAUGCGAUCGUAGCCGUGAAAAGGCUACAUGAUACAGUAGACGAAGAGAUAUCAAAGCCAGUGGUGAAUCAAGAGUUCCUAAACGAAGUAAGAGCGUUAACAGAGAUCCGUCACCGCAACGUGGUGAAGCUCUUCGGCUUCUGCUCUCACCGCCGCCACACUUUUCUGAUCUACGAGUACAUGGAAAAAGGAAGUUUAAACAAACUCUUAGCCAACGAAGAAGAAGCUAAGCAACUCACUUGGACCAAAAGGAUCAACAUCGUGAAAGGUGUGGCUCACGCGUUAUCGUAUAUGCACCAUGACCGAUCAACUCCGAUCGUCCACCGUGAUAUUAGCAGCGGCAACAUCCUUCUCGAUAAUGAUUACACAGCUAAGAUCUCCGAUUUUGGCACCGCGAAGCUUCUCAAGACGGAUUCAUCAAAUUGGUCCGCCGUUGCUGGAACCUACGGCUACGUCGCUCCAGAGUUUGCUUACACGAUGAAGGUGACGGAGAAAUGCGAUGUGUAUAGCUUCGGAGUUCUGAUACUGGAAGUUAUAAUGGGGAAACAUCCGGGAGAUUUGAUUGCGAGUUUGUCUUCGUCUCCGAGAGAAACUCUGUCGCUGAGAAGCAUUUCCGAUGAACGUAUACUUGAACCACGGGGGCAGAAUAGAGAGAAGCUCAUGAAGAUGGUGGAAGUGGCUUUAUCGUGUUUACAAGCAGAUCCGCAAUCUCGGCCAACGAUGUUGUCAAUCUCCACAGCUUUUUCUUAGAACUCUUCUCCAUCAGUUUCUUCGACGAGGUAAAGAAAAAAACAAACUUUUU